AUGGCGACAUUAGAUGGAAUCAGUGUGAAGAACAUUGUCAAGGUGGAGCGUACAUCUGUUCAUUCACACAUUACUGGACUUGGCCUAAAUCAUCGCUUGGAAGCUGAAUAUGUGGCCGGAGGAAUGGUCGGACAAGUUGCCGCCCGGCAAGCUGCUGGGCUCAUCGUGAAAAUGAUUCAGGAAGGAAAGAUCGCUGGUCGUGCUUUAUUAGUCACUGGAGAACCAGGUGCUGGAAAAACUGCUUUGGCUAUUGCAAUCUCGAAAGAAUUGGGUAUUGAUACUCCAUUCGUCAGCAUUGUUGCAUCAGAGAUCUAUUCGUCCGAAAUCAACAAAACCGAAGCACUCACACAAGCUUUCCGACGAGCACUUGGUCUCCAAAUUAAAGAAGAAACUGAGGUUUUGGAAGGAGAGGUCAUCUCAUUGGAAAUCGACAGAGCUGCGAGUGGAUUGGGACCGAAAGUUGGAAAGCUGACAAUGAGAACUACUGAUAUGGAGACAAUCUACGACUUGGGAUCAAAGAUGGUUGAUGCUUGUCUGAAAGAAAAAGUUGUUCCCGGAGAUGUCAUUCAGGUCGAUAAAGCUUCCGGCCGUGUAACACGUCUUGGUCGUUCAUUCAAUAGAUCUCAUGAUUAUGAUGCCAUGGGCCCAAAGGUCAAGCUCGUCCAAUGUCCUGAUGGAGAGAUUCAGAAACGUCGGGAAACUGUCCACACUGUUUGUCUUCAUGACAUUGAUGUCAUCAAUUCUCGUACACAGGGAUAUGUAGCUCUCUUCUCAGGAGACACAGGAGAGAUCAAGGCAGAAGUGCGAGACCAGAUUAACAAGAAAGUUCUGGAGUGGAGAGAGGAAGGCAAAGCCAAGUUUGUGCCUGGUGUUCUGUUUAUUGAUGAAGCUCACAUGCUUGAUAUCGAAUGUUUCUCGUUCCUUAACAGAGCCAUUGAAGGAGAACUCAGUCCACUGAUUAUUAUGGCGACGAACAGAUUGAUCGAGAAGGUUCGUGGAACAGACGUUGAAUCUGCUCAUGGAAUCCCAUCCGAUUUCCUUGAUCGUAUGCUUAUCAUUCACGCCAGCCCAUAUACUCAAGAAGACACCACCAAGAUUCUCUCGAUUCGGUGUGAGGAAGAAGGCGUCAAAUUAGACAAAAGUGCAUUGGAUUUGUUGGUUAAAUUACAAUCUGCAACUUCUCUCCGCUACUGCAUUCACCUCAUCGCAGCUGCUGAAGUUAUUCGUACCCGUCGUAAAGCUGAACAAGUUACCACUGAUCAUAUCAGUCAAGCAUAUCGCCUCUUCUUCGACACCAAGAGAUCUGAGAAAAUGCUCACAGAAACUCAAGGAUACCUUCAUUAA